AAUAAAGCGGAAGCCACGUUAACAUUACUUUUGUAUCGCUUUGCACUGUAAGGGAAAUAACACGCUGCGGUCAUAUCGAUGUGUUGAUUUGUUUCGAAAAGAUACACCGUUGAUUUGUGUUGCAGGACAGCCAAACUUGCGGAAUGAGCGUCGGCUUCAUCGGAGCGGGCCAGCUGGCCCACGCGCUGGCGAAGGGCUUCACAGCAGCUGGGGUAAUCGCUGCCCAUAGGAUCACGGCCAGCUCUCCGGAUACUGACCUCCCUACCGUGUCAGGGCUGAGGAAAAUGGGGGUGAAUCUGACCACCAGCAACAAGGAGACGGUGAGCAAGAGCGACGUGCUGUUCCUGGCCGUCAAGCCCCACAUCAUCCCCUUCGUGCUGGACGAGAUCGGGCCCGACAUCGAGGACCGUCACCUCAUCGUGUCCUGCGCCGCCGGCGUCACCAUCAGCUCCAUCGAGAAGAAGCUGCUCCAGCACCGCCCCUCCCCCAAGGUGAUGCGCUGUAUGACGAACACGCCGGUGGUGGUGCGGGAGGGGGCGACGGUGUAUGCCACGGGCACCCACGCGGAGGUGGAGGACGGCCGGCUGCUGGAGCAGCUGAUGGCCAGCGUGGGCUUCUGCACCGAGGUGGAGGAGGACCUGAUUGACGCCGUCACCGGCCUCAGCGGCAGCGGCCCCGCCUAUGCCUUCACUGCUCUUGAUGCUCUGGCUGACGGAGGGGUGAAGAUGGGCCUGCCGAGGAGACUGGCUGUCAGGCUGGGAGCUCAGGCACUGCUGGGUGCUGCUAAAAUGCUGCUGGACUCGGAGCAGCACCCGGGCCAGCUGAAAGACAACGUGUGCUCACCAGGGGGUGCCACCAUCCACGCCCUGCACGUCAUGGAGAGCGGGGGCUUUCGCAGCCUGCUCAUCAAUGCCGUGGAAGCCUCCUGCAUCCGGACCCGGGAGCUGCAGUUCCUGGCUGACCAGGAGAAGAUCUCUCCGGCUGCCAUUAAGAAGACGACGCUGGACAAGGUGCUGCAGCAGCCUGGCGUGAGUGGGAAGGGGGUGGUGACCAGGACUGGAAUCAGCCUCUUCACCAAGGACCCCAGGCUGAAGAAGAACUGAGCCUUCGUUGACCCCAGGAAGGGCAUGGCCGUCAGGUGUUAGCACUGACUCUCCGGUUUGAACCAGCUGAGUGUUUUACCAGGGAGGGAUUUUGAUUGGUUCAUACAACUGAGUGAUUGACAGCACGUGAUGGCAUGGUGCCACUCGCUAUGGGGUUCAUGAAGCCUCACCAGUCACUAGGUAAUUCAUUAAUGUGUCAUACACACAGGGUAUGUACACCACUGUACUGAGAUCAGUGGAUGCAGUGCUAGAUCAAAAAGGUAACGGGUGAUCGAUCUGUAAGGGUUACAUUUGAUAUACAAGGAUUGUCUGUCCUUCUCUAUAUCUUAUCUCUCUAGGUGAAGCUGAUUCACAGACCUGUGGAAAUCUGUUUCUAAUUUUUUUUCUCAUACAGUUUGACACUGUGAAACACUGUCCUUCAUGCUUAAUGGUUUAAUUUGUACAUUUGACUUUCCCCCUUUUAUCUGAUAUAUAUGUUUAUUAUGAUUGACUGUUUAGAAUCACUUUUUAACCUGACUCAGGUAGUGGUUCUGCUGGGGUCAGAAAGUGAGACUGGUGCUUGUUUCCUUGACGACCCAAGGAUGUUUCAAACUCUGGGGUUUUGUCUGAGUCCCUGAGGAGGUUCAGGACUACUUAUGAUGGAGGAUUAAUGACUCUCCUCCAGAACUUCCUGGAUCCACAAGUACUGCUCACCAUUUUAGCUUUAAUAGACCACUUGUUAGACUAGUG